AUGCAGAAUGUCAGUGUCCAGCUGGUGCUGGGAGGAAGUGUAAACAUAUUGUUGCAUUGGUACACUAUAUUAAUCAAGAAGAUGCUAAGUCUAAAACAGAUUUUGAGAAACAAUGGGGGAAACCUUCAAGAGCUGGUGAGCAAAAAUACAAGAAAGGAAAAACAAUUUCAGAAUUAUUUAUUCCAAAAAAAAAAAGUAAAGCUAAUUAAUGACCUAGAAGAAGUAAAUCAUAUUGAGUUAGUUUCAAACUAUAAUAUUCUUGAUAUUCCAUGUAGUUUCACUAAACUUCUAAGUGUAGAAACUAAAACGGAAUUAGACAGAGAAUGUAAAAGCUGUGUAAAAUGGUUAGUAGAUCAAACAGAAAUAAAUGAAUUAUAUUCCAGACAUGGAUCAAGUUUAGAUUUUAUUUUGGUUAGACAAAAAUCAAUUAACUUUUCAAAUUUCAACAAUUUUUACAAGUUUCCAUUAAAUAUAAAUGAAUAUAAUUACUAUUUAAACAAUUUUGUUGUCAAUGACGAUGAAAUGAAAAAGAUAUUUAUUCAAACUAUCAAACAGUCUUAG